AUGAGGAAUAAGGCUUGGAGUCUCGCGAUAGUGCUGACAUUCCUGGUGUUGGUGGUCGCUAGGCCGCAGGAGUUUGAAGAUGAUGAUCACGAUGACGGCCAUUCUAUCGGCAAUCGGAAAGAUGACGUUUCCCGCGUCCAAAUAAAGGUUUACCGGGGUCCCACAAAGCACGACGGCUACGCACCAUGGGGUUUCUGGGUCAAGCAGCCAUCGGACGAUCAG